AUGAGCCACAGGGGUCCUUUUAAUUGGAGUCAUAUAAUCGGAAAUGGUGAUAUUAUCUGCAUAUUCGAAAGGCACGCAAUACCCUCACCUCUCUAUAGCAGGGUUUUGCUGAAGGUCAUGCGUGACCAUGACAUCCUGGAGCAGAUUGAUAUUAUGCACCUCUCGAGAGAUGCUAUGGGCCAGCCUCAACCAAGUCAACAUGGUCAAACAAAGCCGAUCUUCGCUGUUGUCGUGAAGCUGCCAUGCCUUGCGGUAAAAUAUCCAGAAGGAAGUGGAUGCUGGUCACUCAGCGUCCAAUGCCAAUCAAAGGCACAAUUCAAUCAGUGCUACUGCCCCUAUGAGACAGUCAUUACUUCAAGCAUCGAGCGACAGUACCUCAACUGGAGCCACAUCAAGACCAUCAACAGCUACAAUUUGCCACGAUAUUCAGGCUCUCAAUCGGCUUUUGCCUCCGAAAAGAGACCUGCCAUUUCCCAAACAACCGGCAAAGAGACCAUGUUCAACAUUGGCGCCACAACCUUCUACCGCCUCACACACAGAAGAAGCAUAUAA